GCCUAGAAUUUUUCUCUAUAAAUGAACGACACUGUGUCUUUUUUGUCCUUUUAAACUUGCAUUUUAUGUUGUUGCAGCUGUAAACGGAUGUUCUCCUUUUCCUCUUUUUUUAAGUUAAUGAAACAAAAAUACCACACCUUUUCAUGUUAUGAAGCUUUUGCCGGGAAAACUUUCCAGCUGUUCCAAAAGCGCUGAUACUGGAAACUCCUUCCAUAAUGAUCAAUCACCAUCUCCACGCAGAAAAUUUCAGUACAUCAGUCAUUACACACAUUCUUAGAUUCUGUUUAUGUAGCAUGUCGGCUAUACAGAUCUCUGUGUGAAGUUGUUAGCAUAGAAACAGUAACAAAAUAAAAUCUAAAUCGUUGCAUUGCAAUUGGCAGUAUUGUCAGAGCUGAUGUUAUAGAAAAUGAAUCAACAUCAUCUGACACAUCAGAAUAGAGAAUUCCACAGCACUGUGGUAUAAACUCAAAUUGUGAACAUUUAGAUAGAUUACAUGUUUUUGUUAAAAAAAAAAAGAAUUUGUAUCAUGUUUUUAAUAAUGUUUUCUUGAAUAACUGUUGAAAUAAACACAGUUCAGACUUAUAAGAUGGAACAGUUGGACAUUUCUGUUAUGCCAAUGUACACAAGCAAGAUCUUGCCCACUUCACAGUAUUUGUGUGGCUGUAUGAGCUGUGAGUAAAUUUUUCAAGGGUCUUCUUACAGCCGAGGCUAAUCAGGCAUGAUUGAUGUGUUGAUUAAUAAUUCCUAUCUUUGCAUUCAUCUCCUAUUUUUUGCUCUUUCCAGGUAUCAUUCAACACAACAGCAGUUUCAACCAGAGCCAGUUCCUCAGUACAGCCAGAUGGUUAAUGUUCCUUAUUACCAGCAGGAUGUCAGAGAGUAUACCGUAAUGAAUGAAUUAUCAGUCCAUGAAGAUCCAGCUCAGAUCAGUCCGCUUCAUCAGCUGCCUGUCCAGCCUCCAGCUCUUCCAUCAACACCUGAGAAAGGGAAGAAGCGUGGAAGGCCACCCAAGCAGGGAAAAAAUGACCAAACUGAUGCUGAAGUCACUGUGAAAAAAGCCAAAAGAACUCUGGACAGAUUUAACGGCAUGUCUGUGGAAGAAGUCAUGGCCAAAAAACUGCCCGAUGUCAUCACCUACAAUCUGGACAUUCUGAUAAUUGGUAUCAACCCUGGAUUGUUGUCAGCCUAUAAAGGAAGACAUUACCCAAAUCCAGGAAAUCAUUUCUGGAAGUGCCUGUUCUUAUCAGGGCUCACAGAUGAGCAACUGAACUACAUGCAUGAUCAGACUCUUCCGGAACAAUACGGCAUUGGUUUUACUAAUAUGGUAGAGAGGACUACGCCUGGGAGCAAAGACCUCUCAAACAAAGAAAUUCGAGAAGGAGGCAAACAACUUCUGGAAAAGCUACAGAAAUACAGGCCUCGAAUUGCAGCCUUCAAUGGGAAAUGUAUUUAUGAAACAUUCUGUAAAGAGAUUUUCGGAGUGAAAGCUAAGAACCUGGAAUUUGGACUGCAGCCCUACAAAGUUCCAGAGACGGAAACGGUUUGUUACCUGAUGCCAUCUUCCAGUCCACGCUGUGCUCAGUUCCCUCGAGCUCAGGACAAAGUUCAUUUCUAUAUUAAGCUAAAGGAACUCAGGGACCAGCUGAAGGGUGUGGUGCAGAACAGGGAGCUUCAGGAGACAGAGUACACAUUCGACUUAGUCUUGGCCAAAGAGGAUGCCAAAAGAAUGUCCAUCAAAGAAGAGCAGCAUGACCCUGGCUAUGAGGAAAGCUCUACCAGUGCAACGCUACAGACGUGCAGCUUCUAUCCUGCUAAUGAACAAGGUGCUGCACAUUCAGAACCUUCAUUAGCUUUGGGACAGGUCGGAUCUAACCAGUGGACGAUGCAGCCAUUUGCAGACCAAAUCCCAGACAUUAGGUACUCCAGCAACAAUGAGACGUCACAAUAUUUCUGAUAUAUUAAAGCAAAUGCUCUUCUGAACUGAAAAGAAGAUUGAUUUAAAGCAGUUUUACAGUAGCUACCUGACUUUCCAGUCAUGUCUUUCUAUUUAUUGUGUUUUGUAGAACUUUAGGUGUAGAUCAUGUACUCCAAAGCCAGUGUUUUUUUUUUUGUUUGUUUGUUUCUUUUUUAAUCUUGCUUUAUGUGUGUAUUAUGAACGUGUAUGCAGAAGUGAUGGUUUUUACUUGAAUAUAGCAGCAUUUUGUAAAGUAAGCAGCAUAUUUUUUCCUACUGUGAGGACAGAGUUCUUGAAACUGUGAUUUAGUUCAGUUUCUGUUCCUUUUUUUCCCUACAACCAUUCACAGAACUUUUUAACAAAGCAUUUUACCAGUUUUUCUAUGUUUACUAUGCUGAGGUCAUGCAUGAUGCAUGGGUUGGUCUACUUGCACGAUAUUUCACACUAAAUCAUACUUGUUGGUGCUUAUUUAUGAUUGCUGACCUCAACUGAAGGGUAUUUUAUACUCUUGCACUGUGGUAUCAUGGAAUGUUUGCACAAACCGUGUAAAACAGGAUUCAGACUUCAGAUGGACCACUUAACGCAACAACACCAGGAAAACACAAACACAUGCAGUGCUGUGGUCCUCUAGGACUGAUAUUUGAGAACCCAGGUUCCACUGUUCUGUAUUUUAUUCUGUUCUUAAAUACUGAUUGUAUUUAAUGCUCCUUAAUGUUACGAAUUUACGUGAGAAUUGUAUGUAAAUGCUUUGGAACUUUGUUGCAAAGUGUUUUGAAUGUACAGAUGUUCAUCAAACUAUCACUGUACAUACAUUUUUUUUUAUAUAUAUAUUUAUGGUGUAAUUACUUUGGUGUAAUUUUGUACCAUGAUGUUUUUUUAAAAAGCAUACUGAGAAGUGUGUUUUUAAUAAAAAAUAAAUAAUAUUCACCACCCAGUCACAGCUGGACUGUUGAAAAUGACAAUUAAAAAGAAAAUUGUUGAACUCUCAA